AUUGAUAAUUCUGAUUGUCAAGUUUUAGCUUCGGCUCAGAAUAAUGACAUAGAUAAUGUUAUUAUUCUGAGAAUAAAAUUGAAUUGUAUUAAUUUGAAAACAAUAUUAAAUAUGCGGAUGUUGCUAAACAAUAGCGGAAGAUUUAGAAAUAAUUUAUUUGUAUACAAAUGUAUGAGUUCCGUGCCAAUACCCGAUCUUCAUAUUCUAAAUGAAAAGUGUGUGGUAAAACUAGAUUUCCUGUAUCCGCUUCGUAAGCCGGCGCCACCCCCACCGUCAAACGAGAGACAAUGUUCACUCGCGGGGCAACCCAAAGAAGUGCCGACCGCUUUUUCAAACCUGAGAAAUGACAUCUUAGAUAAAUGGAAUCAGAAGCCCGAGAAGGACAAAUACAAGGAGAUGGUGAAACACACAUUCACUUAUUAACUAAAAAAAUGUAAAAUGUAUCGUCAGUUUUGUUUUUAAAUAAAAUGCCG